UUUUUUAAUUAACUGUGUAAGUAUUUCAAUGUUACAUUGUUUCUUUUCCCUUAGAUUUCAACAAGAAAAACUUAAGCUUCAUCGGAUUCCCACAUCAAAGAAAAGUUACAAGCCACCUGUCCAUGUGAGCUCUCCCAGCUGGAUCUUUACCAUCUCUCUCCACUCUGCACUUCUGGUUUCUUUGGCUGCAGGAUAUCGUAGCUUUCAGAAGGAGCUCACACCUGAUGACAAAGAACAGCUUGCUAACCACAAAAGGGGACUUGAUGCCAAGUUUUUAGUUGCACUUCCUAAAGUUGCAGAAUUAAGAAAACUCUUUGAACCAAAGAGGAAAGAAUUUUUAGAAAUGAAGAGGAAAGAAAGAAUUGCCAGGCGUUUGGAAGGAAUCGAAAAUGACACCCAGCCCAUCCUCUUGCAGAGCUGCACAGGACUGGUGACUCAUCGCCUGCUGGAGGAAGACACGCCCAGAUACAUGCGAGCCACCGACCCUGCCAGCCCCCACACUGGCCGAUCAAAUGAAGAGGAUGAAACUUCUGAUUCUUCUUUAGAAAAGCAAACUCAAUUGAAAUACUGCCCAGACACCUCGGGGGUCCAUGGUAGUUCAUCCCGUAGUUCAGGUUCCAUGGACACCCACAGUCUUGAGUCCAAAGCCGAAAGAAUUGCAAGGUACAAAGCAGAAAGGAGAAGGCAGCUGGCAGAAAAAUACGGGCUGACUCUAGAUCCAGAGGCAGAAUCUGAAUAUUUGUCUCGCUACACCAAGUCCAGGAAGGACCCCGAUGCUGUUGAGAAAUGGGGAGGGAAAAGUGAGAAGCAAGAAGAGUCAAGCAAAGAGUCAAGUUCUCUGUAUACCAGGUCCGAGACCAUGGGGCUCAGGACCUGUGCAGUGGACUCCAAGGGCUAUGCCUUCUACGGCAGUGACACUGCUGACCGGGAGGUGCUGCUAAAUGUAGAAAACCAAAGACGAGGUCAAGAGCUGAGUGCCACCCAGCAGGCCCACAACCUGCCCCCAGCAGGCGAGACUUCCUCAUCCUUCUCCUUCUCUGGGCGAGGCGCCUCCUUCACCGAAGUGCCAAGGUCCCCAAAACAAGUGCCCAGCUCCCCACUUCAGCAGCAGUCGGCCUCCCCGAGCCACUCUCUGGGUGACCAGCCAUUGCCACCUGAGACUCGACCCAGUACAGGGAAGCCCAAACAUGAGUGGUUUCUCCAGAAAGAUUCCGAAGGGGACACACCUUCGCUUAUCAACUGGCCUUCCAGAGUUAAAGUUAGAGAAAAACUGGUGAAAGAGGAGAGUGCUCGCGGCAGCCCUGAACUUGCCUCAGAGUCCUUAACUCAGAGGAGACAUCAGCCAGUGCCCGUCCAUUUCCUGUCCUUUCAGUCAGAAAAUUCGGCCUUUGAUAGGGUCACAAGCAAAACAAUGAGCUCUGUGCGACAGCUGAACCGUGGCUGUGUCCAACCAGAAAAUCCCAUUCACACUGUCAAGCUGGCAACCACGGAAGCUCCAGAUCACGUAUCUGAGUGCAGCUGGGUAGGCUCAGCCACCCCAAAUGUCCCAAAGCCUCCCACCCUUCAUAUCUGUGAGUCAAAAGCAGACGAAGAUGUGCUCUUCUCUGAAGCUCUGGAGAAGAACCAUAAAACACACUUGACUUUGGAGAAUGAUGGGCUUUCCACAAGCCACCAAGACGCCUCUGUGAAUGAAGACUUAGGUAAGCCUGCUGUUAGCACUGUCACCCUCGAACCUCACCAGGACCCACAAGCUCAACACCAGCCUGCUGAGAAAACAGGCCGGAGUGAAAUGGUUUUGUAUGUUCAGAGCGAGCCUGUGUCCCAAGACACCACAUUGACCAGUCACCAAAAGGAAGCAUCUCCAAAGAAACACAAGGUCCUCACCCGCUCCCUGUCUGAUUACACCGGUCCCCCUCAGCUCCAGGCCUUACGACGUAAAGACCCGGCUUCAAAGAGAGAGCUGGAGCCUCAGACUUCCAGGGCUGAAGGGCCCUGUGCAGAGGCAGGCAUGCUGGACACGAAGGUCUCUGUCGCCCAGCUCCGAAAUGUGUUUCUGGAGUCUGCCAGAGCGAGCAAGAAACCCGAACUCCAAUCACGUGUUGAGAGAUCAACCGAAGGAGUUGGCUUGCCCACCAGUAUGGAACAGCAGAGAGGGUCUCGGAAACCAAGGCGAUAUUUUUCUCCAGGCGAAAAUAGAAAAACUUCUGAGAGAUUUAGAACUCAACCUAUAACCUCAGCAGAACGAAAGGAGUCCGAUAGGUAUACUUCAAGUUCAGAAAUGCCAACUGUAGAGGAUGAAGAAAAGGUAGAUGAACGAGCCAAACUGAGUGUUGCUGCCAAGAGGCUGCUUUUCCGGGAAAUGGAGAAAUCAUUUGAUGAGCAAAACGUCCCAAAGAGACGCUCGAGAAAUGCGGCUGUGGAGCAAAGACUGCGCCGUCUGCAGGACAGAUCCCACACCCAGCCCAUCACCACAGAGGAAGUGGUUAUCGCAGCCACUGAACCUAUCCCCGCUUCGUGUUCUGGGGUCACCCACCCUGUAAAGACGAGACUUCCUAGUCCCACUGUAGCUAGGAGCGCUGUGCAGCCUGCCAGGUUACAGGCAUCUGCUCACCAAAAGACUUUAGCCAGGGACCAGGCAAAUGAGGGCAAAGACUUCACUGACCCAGGAGAACCUGAUUCCUCCACUCUGAGCCUAGCAGAGAAGUUGGCCUUGUUUAACAAAUUGUCCCAGCCGGUCUCAAAAGCUAUUUCUACCCGUAACAGACUGGAUGUGAGACAGAGGAGAAUGAAUGCUCGCUAUCAGACUCAGCCGGUCACACUUGGAGAGGUGGAACAGGUGCAGAGUGGGAAGCUCAUCUCCUUCUCCCCGACUGUGAGCACAUCUUUGUCCACCACGGCUCCCACCGCUGCUCCCACAUAUGCAGGGGAUCUUCGGACAAAGCCAUCUGUGGACAACAGUACAAGUGCCACUGACUAUAAGUUUUCUUCUCCCACGGAAAACUCAGACUCUCCCAUUAGAAGCAUUCUGAAGUCACAGGCCUGGCAGCCUUUGGCAGAGGGGAGUGGGGGCAGAGGAAUGCAGAGGGAAUUUGGAGAGGCAGAAAGUAAGACUGUGACUGGCGAGGAGAGUGGGGUGAAGACAUGUGGGUCCUUUGAGGAAGUGGAACCAUUCUUCCCCAGCCUUAGCAGAGUCAGGGAAGGGGACAGCCAAAAGGACCCUAAAUAUGCCCCUCUGAGGAAAGGAAGCUUGGAACUGGUUAAUCCGCCCAUUGCCCAUCUUGGUGAUGAACUGAAGGAAUUUUCCAGUGCUAAAAUUAGCAUACAAGGAAACGUGGACUUGAAGGACGGCCAGCCCUUUGAAGACAAAGAGGAUGUGGAGAAUGUCUCAAAAAGGAAGCUGUCACUCAAAGCAGCAGAGUUUGGGGAGCCAGUGUCUGAGCAGACAGGGACAGGGGCAGGCAAAGCCAUUGCUCAGAUGGCAACCCCAGUCUCCUGGAGGCAGCAGGACCCUUCAGAACUGCCACAGGAGAAGCACUACAAGAGUGCAUGCGCCAUGCCUGCUGCUGGGGAGAUCAGAGCACCGGUGGGAGAGGGCAUCCUCGAUUCACCCAGCAAGACCAUGUCGAUUAAAGAAAGAUUGGCACUGUUGAAGAAGAGUGGCGAGGAAGACUGGAAGAACAGACUUAACCGGAAGCAGGAAUACGGCAAAGCAUCUGUUACCAGCAGCCUGCACAUCCAAGAAAUGGAACAGUCACUUAAGAAGAAGGAAGAAGGAGGAUUUACAGAUGAUAAUGCCAUGUCUAAUCUGCUUUGGCGGGUCACAGAAAGUCGAGAGAGCCAA